AUGAUCUCUCUAAUUGCAUCGCGCGGUCGAUCGCUCACAGGCUGCAGUGUCUGUCGUACUAGGCAUCUGAAAUGCGAUGAAGCUCGUCCCGGGUGUCAGAUGUGUAAGGUGCUUGGGCGGCCAUGCCCUGGGUACACAUCGCAAUUAAAAUGGACCCAAGACUUCUUCCAGUCAGGUUCAAAGCAUGAUGAAAAUUCGGAUCACGUAUUUCGUCGUCCGUUGUUUGGAGGUAGGGUUUGA